UCCAGUUCACUCCGGACAUGUUUUAUCGUCGGACAUAUCAAGGAAGCGCUUCUCAGCUGUGACCUGCCAGGUUUGAGAUGGAAAUUAGAGCAGAAUAAUGUUUAAUUUAAAGGCUUUACAUAGGAACAAAACUGUCAGAUAUGGAGUCCCAAUGCUGUUGCUGGUGGUUGGAGGCUCCUUUGGCUUGAAGGAGUUCACACAGAUCCGUUAUGAUGCACAGAGGCACAGGAAAAGGUUGGAUCCUGAACUUGAGGCACAGGUGAAUGUCAAGAGACAGGCCAACAUCCUGGAGGAGGAGUAUGAGAAGUUGCAGCAGGUGAAUCUGGACGAGUGGAAGAACAUCCGUGGUCCUCGUCCCUGGGAGGACUCUAGGGAGUACCAGGAGCAGCAGCGCAGUAGCCAGAGCAAGAUAAACUGAGCUCUGACAAUAUAAAGGACUGCAGAGGAGUAAAGAGGAGGACAGAGGAGAGCUACAGAGGAGCAUCCAGAGCCCACCACACCAGAACAGUCAACAGGACAGAGGCUGGGACUGAACUGCCUUUGCUUAUGUUGGACUGUGCAAAAAUAACUAUGUGGGUACAAAUUGACUCCAUAAAUCUUACAAAAUGUCAAGAUUACAGAGUCUAAUAAUGUGUCACCAGAAUCUAUGAAAACCUUCUGAACAAACAGACAGGAGUAAUGGCAGGUGUUUUGUCAUGUAAACCCAAUCACGUGGCCCUGGCAAAAUGAAAACAAAAUACUGAAGACUUUAUUGGGAUAGUUUUUUCUAUUCCUUUAUGAAUGUCAUUGUGAAACUUUGUGGUGUGUCCUCCAGGUAGUCAAAUGUUUCUUUUAACACUGUACAUGCAAUAGCUACCCUUAAGUAGGACCUGCUUCAAGAUAUCAAGAAGGUACCUACUUUGCUACCUACGUAAUUAUGUUGUAAUUUAAAUAAAAUAUAUUUUAAAAGUGCAUUUACAAUGCUGAAGAAAGUAUUGAUCAAAAGUAGUAAGAUUAACAGUAAACCCAGUCAAAGUGCAUUGUGACUACUCCUAUCUGCUUCUUCAAAACCAUUAUAUUUGUGCCUCCUUAAUCUAAAAGAAUAAAACUUCAUAAAUGGUCUCAUUGAACCUAAUACUGUUCAAGUCACCAGUAGAUGGCGUAUCCUCUCUCCACCACCUCCUACCUUCCACGGCCGUGUCUUCACUGAAGUAAUUUAUCUAUGUAUCAACAUCUAAAAGCUUUUUAAUAAAUUAUUUUCUUUAUUGA